GUUAUUAUCCAAUCCCGUACCAGCUGUAGUACCUGUCUCGCGAGAUUCUGCGAGGUGAUAAGUUGAAGAAACAUGGCGACGUCUAAUUUGUUAAAGAACAAGGGGUCCCUGCAGUUUGAGGACAAGUGGGAUUUGAUGCGACCCAUCGUUCUCAAGCUGCUCAGACAGGAGGCCGUCACCAAGCAACAGUGGUUCGACUUGUUCUCAGAUGUCCAUGCUGUGUGUCUAUGGGAUGAUAAAGGACCAGCCAAAAUCCACCAAGCCCUCAAAGAGGACAUCCUAGACUUCAUCAAACAAGCACAGGCUCGGGUGCUGAGCCACCAGGACGACACGGCACUGCUAAAAGCUUACAUUGUAGAGUGGAGGAAGUUCUUCACCCAGUGCGACAUCCUGCCCAAACCAUUCUGUCAGCUUGAGAUCACACUGAUGGGCAAACAGGGCAGCAACAAGAAAACAAACAUGGAGGACAGCAUCGUACGUAAGCUGAUGCUGGACACGUGGAACGAGUCGAUCUUCUCCAACAUUAAGAGUCGCCUGCAGGACAGUGCCAUGAAGCUGGUACAUGCUGAGAGGCUGGGGGAGGCCUUCGACUCCCAGCUGGUUAUAGGAGUACGAGAGUCGUACGUGAACCUGUGUUCCAACCCAGAGGACAAGCUGCAAAUAUACAGGGAUAACUUUGAGAAAGCCUACCUGGACUCCACAGAGAGGUUUUACAGAACACAGGCACCGUCCUACCUGCAACAGAACGGCGUCCAGAACUACAUGAAAUAUGCAGACGCUAAGCUGAGAGAAGAGGAGAAGAGAGCACUUAGAUAUCUAGAGACACGUCGUGAAUGUAACUCUGUUCAAGCACUUAUGGAAUGUUGUGUGAAUGCUCUGGUGACGUCGUUCAAAGAGACCAUCUUAGCCGAAUGUCCAGGGAUGAUCAAACGCAACGAGACAGACAAGCUGCACCUGAUGUUUUCACUGAUGGACAAGGUUCCAAACGGGAUCGAGCCGAUGCUGAAAGACCUGGAAGAACAUAUCAUCAGUGCUGGACUAGCAGACAUGGUGGCUGCUGCCGAGACUAUCACUACUGACUCUGAGAAAUACGUGGAACAACUGUUGACUUUGUUUAACCGCUUCAGUAAGCUGGUGAAGGACGCCUUCCAGGACGACCCUCGCUUCCUCACAGCAAGAGAUAAGGCUUACAAAGCUGUUGUCAAUGAUGCCACAAUCUUCAAACUGGAGCUGCCUAUGAAACAGAAAGGUGUGGGUAUGAAGACUCAGCCGGAGUCAAAGUGUCCAGAGCUGCUGGCAAACUACUGUGAUAUGCUGCUAAGGAAAACUCCUCUCAGCAAGAAACUCACCUCAGAGGAAAUUGAGCUAAAACUCAAAGAAGUGCUCUUGGUGUUGAAGUAUGUCCAGAAUAAAGAUGUGUUCAUGCGUUACCACAAAGCUCACCUGACCCGCCGCCUGAUUCUGGACAUUUCAGCAGACAGUGAGAUUGAAGAGAACAUGGUUGAGUGGCUGAGAGAAGUAGGAAUGCCUGCUGAUUAUGUGAACAAGCUGGCCAGGAUGUUUCAGGACAUCAAGGUGUCAGAGGACCUCAAUCAGGUCUUCAAAGAGAUGCACAAACACAACAAGCUGGCACUGCCAGCGGACAGCGUGAACAUUAAGAUCCUGAAUGCCGGAGCUUGGUCACGCAGCAGUGAGAAGGUGUUUGUCUCGCUGCCCACGGAGUUGGAGGACCUGAUCCCUGAGGUGGAAGACUUUUACAAAAGGAAUCACAGUGGUCGCAAACUCCACUGGCAUCACCUCAUGUCUAACGGCAUUAUCACCUUUAAGAAUGAGGUGGGUCAGUACGACCUGGAGGUGACAACCUUCCAGCUCGCCGUGUUGUUCGCCUGGAACCAGAGACCCAGAGAGAGAAUCAGCUUUGAGAACCUCAAGCUGGCAACAGAGCUGCCUGACGCAGAGCUACGCCGCACACUCUGGUCUCUGGUUGCCUUCCCCAAGCUGAAGAGACAGGUGUUGUCUUACGACCCUCCAGUUAACUCACCCAAAGACUUCACAGACAGCACACUCUUCUACGUCAACCAGGAGUUCUCCCUCAUCAAAAAUUCCAAAGUGCAGAAGCGGGGAAAGAUCAAUCUAAUUGGUCGGCUACAGUUGACCACAGAGCGAAUGAGAGAGGAGGAGAACGAAGGAAUUGUUCAGCUCAGAAUACUCAGAACUCAGGAGGCCAUCAUCCAAAUCAUGAAGAUGAGGAAGAGGAUCAGCAACGCCCAGCUGCAGACGGAGCUGGUGGAGAUCCUGAAGAAUAUGUUUCUGCCGCAGAAGAAAAUGAUUAAGGAACAGAUCGAGUGGCUCAUCGAACACAAGUACAUAAAGAGGGACGAGGCAGACAUCAACACCUUCAUCUACAUGGCCUAAGCAGGGACUGAGGGUGUGCUUUCUUGCUCUGUUUUUAACUCCUGGCCUGCGACCAGCGCUUUGAGAACCUGCGAGAGGAGCGAGGACGUGUUUGAAGAAAAGGAGAGGGGUGAUGAUAAGUAGGGAUCGUGUUGAAGGACAAGGAAUAGUCUUUUCAACAGAAGUGUGGAUUUUUCUUUGUGUUUGUGAGGCGCAAGUGUGUGAUCGGAGUGUCAUUUCAAGGCAUAGCGUUGAGUCAUCGGGGCUGCCUUUGUCUCUGCUGCUCUCGAGUGUGAGAUCAGAGGAGAGGGGCAGCAGUGUGCAGCGUCUGCCGGCAGCUCAGAGGAAAAAUAGUGAGAUAAUUAAAUGAAAUACUUCCUGCCUUACUUUCAUCAGCAACAGACUGCAGAAUAGGAGGAGGGGAAGGGGGACAGAUGUAACAAGCUAAUAUCAAUCCUUCGCUUUCACGUGAUGCUGCAGCUGUCAUCUCAGCGGCAGCCAUUUUGCAUCCCUCCUAUUCUACUCAAGUCUAAUUUUUGAACAGGGAAUGCAAAAAGCUGUGAGUGGAAGCUGCCAUUGAGGAGGAGCCGACUUGGAUGGAGAGACUAGUUCAAACUACCGAGGAGUAUUUUGCCAAAUCGUGUGUUUGUGUGUAUGUUUGGGGUUUGAAUGCAUGGUGUGUAUCUGGUCUUUUAAAUGUGUGUAUGUGUGUGCACUUUCAACCGCAUGCUGCUCUAUGAUUUUUUUUUUUUUUAUUUUGUUCAGUAGAGGGUCUGUCACAUUUUGUCUGAAAAUCUUGGGAAUUUAAGACCAGCUGCCAUUUAAAUCCAGAUGUUUAGUCUUCUCUUUACCCUUCGUGUUUCAGGUGGAGUUCAUCAGCAGAUAAACAAGUAUGUGUCUUGUGGGACAGUUAUCAUACUGCAAACUAUUUUAGUGAGUAAAAACCUGAACUCAGUGCAUCAAGGAGAGACAUGACUAAAAUUAUGACCAGGUGCUUGAUUUUUGUUUUUAAUUUAUUUAUAUAGUGCAGCAGUAAAAUAGAAACAAAAAAACCCCAUCUCUGAGUUUUUACCUCAUCAGUCCACUAAGCGUUUCAUUCUUUGCACAGUGCAGUUACAGGAAAAUGUUGUUAAACAUAAACAAGAUUAGAGGGAACCACACAGAACAGUGUCUGAGCUGUUGAUAUUUAACAAAGUUAAAUAUGAUAUAUAGGUUAGUAGAAAUCCUUCACAGGUGGAGCACAGUGUGGAAAAUGUAAUCAUGUGACAAAUCACCAUCCUGAUAGUUUGCUGCAGGUUGCAAAAGGUCAAAUAAUUUAUUUUUAAUCUUAUUUAAGAUUAAAUGAAGUGUUUCUCACAGCGUUUGACUUUCAGUUCUCCACAGAUAAACUUCCAGUGUUGAAAUAAGUUGAUUCUUUUUUUUUUCCAGAGGCAGUUACAGGGAGUUGACAAGUGGUGUUUGUGUGUGACCUCCAAGGACUGACUUGUUCUUGAAAGGAUAUUUGAAAGUGUUAAAGCAACUAUAAUAGUCACACCGACAUUAGCAUAGUGCUGGUUUCACACUCUGUUUCUGUGUCGUUAUGUCGCUGCAUUUUUUAUGCUGCUUAGACCUUUAAUUUAUUUUAGGUAUUACAGAAUAAUUCCCGCAGCGACUCCUGGACAUUUUCUGUCCUGUCACAGUGGGUGAGCUGCAGAAACGUUAGCACAGUGAAAUAGAAAGGAAAAACAGCUGCUGAGUCAAAACAAUAUAACUAGUUACACUGAGAUCACAGAGAAGAGCUCUUCUUGAGGAGUGCAUGUCGAAAACACUGCAAUCAUUUAAAAAUCAUAAAAUCAUGAUUCUGCAACCCUCAGUCCUAAAAGUACUACUGCGGUUUAACUUGGUGACGUCACUUUGUGAGCGAAUGUUGUUCUGCUCUGAUUUUGGAUUUCCUGUCAAACUGAAACAUCAAAUCCUGAGAGCAGUGAGGAGGAAGAAAGACAACAGUGAAUGUGUGGGGUUGAAUUUUUUAUAUUUAUUAUAUAUUUAUGAAGAAUGUUACUCUGUUUGUCAGUUGAAAUGUUCUUGUUUGCUUUCAAAAGAUGUUUUCUUUGUGUACGUUCACAGCGCUGACACAGUACUGAGAUCGACAGUAGUCACUUACUGCAAACCUGUCAGCUUCACUUUAAUCACAGAAAAGAAUCUUUAGCCAAAUAUAAUUCACUUUCCACUUAAAAUGCUGAAAUAGCUUUUCACCUUCUGUGAAAUACAAGACCAGGGUGUUGAUGAUAAUCAGAUUGACAUUUUACUUAACUGCAAAGAAGGAGAGAGAGAGCCAAGAGAGUUGUCUUGUUCUCAAUUCUUUUCUGAAUUCGAUGAAGCCUUUCUUUGGAAAUGUUUGUCGCACCUGAGACGAAACAAGCUCCCCUGUCAAUCACAUUAUGCAGUUUCAUUCUCUAUGCACAGACCUGGCUCAGUUAGUGUUUUGCAGAUGAUUCCCUGUUGUUUUUUUUACGACACUGGAGGACAGUGAGACGAGUCCCUAAAACUAAAUCAGAACAUUCUGAGUGUCAGUACUUCAUUGUUUCGUUCAGUGAUCAGCUACUUAUUUACCAGCUUUGACACAGUGAGCUCCACUCAUUAAGUGUUUGCCAACAAAUUAAAACAAAUGCUAAAACAAUCUUCUUUUACAAAAUACUAUCUCAUCCAUGUGUGUUUGUUUUAGCCAGUGAGGACCUUGUGCCUCUGACAGAACCUGCUGCUGAGGAUGUGUCUUGUGUUCCUGGGCCUGUUUCUGUUGUUUCUAUUUGCCUCCUCUAUCGUAGGGUGAGGAGUUCGAACAACCAUACCGGGAGUAGUCUGUCAUACAAGAGGCACAGAGACCGAUUCCUACAGAAAACUCUCCAGAAUACAAACAACAAAACACAAAUCCAGUCUACCCAGUGGUCACCAGUUGGAUGGCCAACUAUCUAUAUUUAUAUUUCUACAUCCUUACAUCCACAUAUGAUUGAAAACAGCAGAAUGAAAGCAAAAGGCAUUCUGGGAAAUGUUGUUUAUUACUCAAGUUAGAUCUGGAAAGUUGAGGUAAACUAGGAACACAAGGGGAGUAAUGAAAUAACACAAAAAUAUUUCGGAGUGGAUUUCUCCCUUAACGACUGAAUUUUCUGUCUUUUUUAUUUCUCUUGUGAUUCAGUAUAAACGUUUGGCUUGGGACAGAUGUCAUUUCCAGAUGCUUCAAGGUUUAUCUUGUGUGCUGUGAUACCAGAUGGGCUCGGUGUCAGCAAGCUCUAACAAUCACAGAAACGUGUGAUAUGUGCGUCAGAAAUCAUUUCAAAACCUGUGGUUGUGCAUCACCCCAUGUGAACGUGUGAAAAACCUCUGGAUGAGAAAUUCAGCUUUGUAAAUCUGUAGAAAUAAUCUGUAGGAAAAACAAUGUAAAAGUACAAAAACAACUUCUUGAUGUAUCGCCCUUAAAUGUGUCAUGGUUCCCAAGGAAUACAUUAUAAAAGCUGUGGACCUCCGGCCUUUUCAUCUAGCACCUUUAUUAGGUUUGAAUUUGUCCAGCACCAGAUACAAAACUAAUCACACUUCCAUCUGCCUCAGCUGUACUUUGUGUUUACUGCUAAUUACCAUGCUAACACACUAAGCUCACAUGGUAAACAUGUUAAACAUUAUAUCUGCUAAACAUCAGCAUGUUAGCAUUGUCACUGUGAACCUGUUGGCAUGCUGAUAUUAGCGUUCAACUCAAAGCACCACUGUGCCUCAGUGCAGCUUCACUGAACCGUUAGCAUGGCUGUAGACUUGUUAGAUUGUUAAACUUCUCCUGCAGAGGUUUUUCACAGGUUCACACAGAGUGAAAGUUAUUUCUGAACAUCAUUUCAAAAGCUCUGAUUCUUAUUCAACAUUUACAACAACAGUUUCUCAGAUCUGGUUCAAAAAAAUGUCAUUUGCCCUCAAGCACCUUUUAACUUUUGCAUUUUAACAAUUUCUAGAAAACUGGGAUGUGUAUGACAACAUAUAUAGAGACUUGCACUCAGUACAGAACAGUCCUGCCACAACAUCUGUCUUCACAGAACUCAUACAUUUUCUUGACAUUUUCAGAAAUGUGUAAAUUAAAUAACAUCUUUAUUACUGAGGUUAUGGUUAUGGUCCAUUACAUUUAAAGGUAUUUCUAAUUCAUCUCUGACCUCCCUAUGUACACAAAUGAGGGAGACAGAAUAUUAGAAAACACCUCUCGAGGUAACGCAGUCCAGUAUAACACCAUCACUAAGACCUCGAUGCUAAAACAUAUAAUUGAAUUAACAUAUCUCUGGCAAAAACUGGCAUCUGGUGUACCUAAUAAAGUGCACACUGAGUGUAUGUGACUGAGCUCCGGGUGCAGUUUUUUCAGGUAUUUAUUAAUCUAAUGAGUCACUGUUUUUAUUUAUCUGGUCAUCAUAUUGAAUAUUCAUAUUCAUAGACAUCUGUGCAACAACACAACAAGUAUCAGUGUCUUCUUUAUCAAACUGUAUGAAACACACUAUUAACACUGAACAGAGUAUCAUACAAAAAAAUAUCUUUUAUGUUUUAAAGCAUAUAAAGGUGUUUCUUCCAUCCAUGGAAACAUUUUUUAAAAUACAGGUACUGGUCUUAUUUUACCGCCCUUUUUUUUAUUAGCCAUUCUGUAUUUUAAACCAUGUUAAGUCGUUGAAUGUGUUAUAUUUAAUCCAAUCAAUAAUCAGUAUUAGCUGGUGAAACUGAAUUGUUUUCAUAGCAUUUUCCAGAAAUGUUUUCCUGGUCACAGACGUCUGGCCUAACUUCAUAUGAGGUUAAAGGACCUGGAAGUGGAUUUUAGCCUGUGGAGCAGGCCAUGGUUACUUUGGUUUUCACAUGUGAAACCCUGAACUCACCCAUCAGCCCGACCUGCAUGGCGUGGGGGUGGGGCAAAUUUACCUGUAGCCUUGUGUGAUAACAAAACUUGAACUAAACACAAUCAGUCACAGCCUAAACCAGCUGAAUGUUUGCCACUACAUCAAGUAAAGACAUUAAACCUUGUGUUGUUGGAGUGGGGAAAGAUGAGAGUGGUUCAACUACUUUUGUGUGCUGUAUUGUUUUGCUUGUUUCAAGUAUUUUUUAAAGUUGAAUAAUUUAUUUCCUGGCAAAAUAAAAGUCAACUGUAAAGACAGAGA